AUGACUGAUGGCGCCGAUGCACUGGAUUAUCCCUUUGGUAGUGAUGCAAGCAAAUUUACCGAGAUGAAGAUCAAGCGCUCUGAUUUCCCUUCAGAUUUUAUCUUUGGUUCUGGAGUAUCUGCUUAUCAGGUUGAAGGUGCUUGGGCCGCAGGUGGUAAAGGCUUGAGCAACUGGGAUGUCUUCACACAGAGAGCACCUGGUUAUAUUGAAAAUGGAAGUAAUGGGUGCGUUGCUAUUGAUCAAUAUAAUUUAUGGAAGGAAGAUGUAGCUUUGUUAAAAAAAGUGGGCUUCAAUUCUUAUAGAUUUUCAAUUUCAUGGACUAGAGUACUCCCAGGAGGAAAAUUAUCCGCUGGAAUAAAUAGAGAUGGAAUUAAGUACUACAAUGAUCUUAUAGAUUUGCUUGUGGCCAAAGGCAUUAAACCAUGUGCAACUAUCUUUCACUGGGAUACUCCACAAAUUUUGGAAGAUCAGUAUGGUGGAUUUCUAAGUCCUCGAAUAGUGAAAGAUUACUGUGAAUUUGCUGAGCUUUGCUUUUGGGAAUUUGGUGACCGGGUGAAACAUUGGGUCACAUUGAAUGAGCCAUGGUCCUAUACUGUUCAAGGAUAUGUGUUGGGCACUUGGCCACCCGCUCGAGGUGCAACAACAUCGACGCCUGUAACAUCUAUUCCUCGUCAUAGAUCUAGACGAGGAGCUAGAUCUAUUUCUACAGCUGGAAAUCCGGGUACAGAACCAUAUACUGUGGCACAUCAUCUGAUCCUUUCUCACGCAGCAGCAGUUGAUAUAUACAGACAAAGAUAUCAGGCACAUCAAGGAGGCAAGAUAGGAAUGACAAAUGUUUCACAGUGGUUUGAGCCACUUGCUGACACCAAAGAAGAUAUAGAGGCUGCUUCAAGGGCCAUUGAUUUUAUGUUCGGAUGUGCGCCACCUCCGUCGCCUAGUGCUAAACCAAGUUACGAAACUGAUCAACAAGUCACAUUAUCAGGUGAACGUGAUGGGAUACCUAUUGGUCCACAGGCCGGUUCAGAUUGGCUCUACGUUGUUCCAAUUGGGAUUUACAAGCUGUUGAUUUAUAUAAAGGCAAAAUAUGACAAUCCCAGCAUUUUUAUUACUGAGAAUGGGGUGGAUGAAGUUAAUAAUACGGCCAUAACAGUUUCAGAAGCUCGGUUUGAUGAGAAGAGGAUUACAUAUCAUCAAGAACAUCUCUACUAUAUUAAGCAAGCAAUGGAAGAAGGCGUAGAUGUGAACGCUUACUAUAUAUGGGCAAUGUUCGACAAUUUUGAAUGGAGUUCAGCAUACACCGUCAGAUUUGGCAUUUUUUAUGUGGAUUUUGUGAAUGGACGGUUGACAAGAAUCCCAAAAAUGUCUGCUAUAUGGUUUAUGAAUUUAUUAGACGAGAAGCCUAAUUUGUUGAAGAUACAAGCUCAAGCAAAUGAAGGAGAAAAUGCUUCUGUGAAAAGGAUAAGAAGCAGAUAA